CCAAGAAUAGAUAGCGAGCUCGACAGGCAGGAGACUGUGUCUUUGUGUACGUGUGUGCAUGUGUGUGUGUUUGUGUGUGCGCGACUGAAAAAAGAGAUCUUGUCGAUGUGGGAAAGACCGAGUGAGUGGGUGUGUGUACUUACAUGCAGACGAGGGAAAGACUACACCCAUUACAGUCCGAUGAGUGGGUCCGUUAGUUUCCCACUUGCUUUUCUGGAUUCCUGCUCCAACCGAUCGCUGGAUUUGCCGAGCAGGAAACUUUGAAACUAGAGCAAAGUUUUGGACCUGGUCAAGAGCGCAGAGAUGACCGGCCGUGCUGUACCGCCAUCCAUACCUGAGGAUGGAGAGGUCUUGGACUACAAUCCACAUAGGGAGAUGAACGGAUACCAUCAAAGGGUUCAGGAUGAGGAUGGAGGAGAAGCAGAAGUCCUGGUGUCCAGGUCCCAGAGGCGAAAGAGUGAUGUCAAAGUCUAUAAGGAGUUUUGUGAUUUUUAUGCACGCUUCAACAUGGCCAACGCCCUGGCCAAUGCCAUGUGUGAGCGCUGCAAGAGUGGCUUUGCUCCAGCAGAGAAGAUAGUGAACAGUAACGGAGAACUUUACCAUGAGCAGUGCUUUGUGUGCGCCCAGUGUUUCCAACAAUUCCCAGAGGGGCUCUUCUAUGAGUUUGAAGACAGGAAAUAUUGUGAACAUGACUUCCAGAUGCUCUUUGCUCCGUGCUGCCACCAAUGUGGUGAGUUCAUCAUUGGCCGCGUCAUAAAGGCCAUGAACAACAGCUGGCACCCCGAAUGUUUCUGCUGCGACAUCUGCCAGGCCGUGCUUGCCGAUGUUGGAUUUGUCAAGAACGCCGGCAGGCACCUGUGUCGUCCGUGUCACAACAGAGAGAAAGCGCGUGGUCUGGGCAAGUAUAUCUGCCAAAAGUGUCACGCCAUCAUUGAAGAGCAGCCCCUUCUGUUCAAGAAUGACCCCUACCACCCCGAUCAUUUCAACUGCAACAACUGCGGAAAGGAACUGACUGCUGAUGCCAGGGAGUUGAAGGGUGAGCUUUACUGUUUGCCCUGCCACGACAAGAUGGGCGUCCCCAUCUGCGGGGCCUGCAGGAGACCCAUUGAGGGCCGCGUGGUCAAUGCCAUGGGCAAGCAGUGGCAUGUGGAGCACCACGUCUGCACUUUGUGUGAGCGACCCUUUCAGGGCCAUCCGUUUUAUGAGCGGGAUGGCCGAGCUUAUUGCGAGACACAUUUUGACAUGCUGUUUGGAGAUGUCUGCUACCACUGCAAUCGUGUUAUAGAAGGAGAUGUGGUGUCAGCCCUCAACAAGGCCUGGUGCGUCAACUGUUUUGCUUGCUCCACUUGCAACACCAAGCUCACCCUCAAGGAUAAAUUUGUGGAAGUGGACUUGAAGCCGGUGUGUAAGCACUGCUAUGAACGUCUACCGGACGACAUCAAACGCCGGUUGUCGAAGCGGGAACGCGACUCCAAGGAUAAAAAGAAGAAACCGUUGAUACCCAUGUGUCUGUGAACCUCUCUCGUUUCCUUCUCCACACUUCUACUGUUCUUCUCUUGGAACAAGUUUGUGGAGUUUGACAUGAAGCCAGUGUGCAAGAAGUGCUAUGAGAAAUUUCCACUGGAGCUGAAGAAGAGACUGAAGAAGUUAUCGGAAACCGUCGCAAGGAAGUAAACACGGCGUUCACGUAAACACCCGACACGUGCACAUUGAGUCUUUCUAUGUAGAACUGCUCAGCAUUGAGUGUCAUUUAAUGGGCCAGACUCUGUCAGACAGGUAUUGUGUGUGUGCACGUGUCAUGUGCGGCUCAAAAGAACCUUUCACUUAGCUUCCUUUUUACACUGCUAUUUAACUAAAACACAUUGCAAGGGAUCGAUUCUGUUACUGAUGCUCGAGCAUAUUAAAGAGCAAGCCCCACGUUUUUUGAAUGCGUAUAGUAUAUGAAUUAUUUACUUUUUGUUAUUAUCACUAUUUUAUGUAUUGUAAAUGUGUGUUUUCGCUUCAAGUUUGUUGUUCUCUUGUGUUAAGGAUAGAAUGCAGAAUGUAUUGGUGCAUUUGUCUAUUUAAAGGCCAGCUGUUAUUUUUCAGAGCAACUGUUAUGUUACAGUUAUGAAUGGUGGCAUUUGCGUGUGGUGUUAAACAUGUGUCGCCACUGUUUGUAAUCCAAGCAAAAUUAUCCUCUUACACCAACUUCCUCCAGACUCAAAAAACAAAGGCAACUGUCCAAUCUUCUUAUUCUGCACUGUAUUUUGCCCUCAAAAGAAAAUAUCUUCCACUCAUUAUAUGUAAUUACACAUUCCAUAGUGUAGCAAAAACACGAGCCCUGUGUUUUUGUUCUGAAUUUAAGAAACACCUGAUGCCAGAUCAUUUCAAAUAUUCCACGGUAAAGUACAUUUAUGUCGCCAUUUAUUUGUAAUUCAGCUACAAGAGGCACUGAGGUGAUGCGUCAUAUUUUUUGCUUCACAUUGCUUGGUAAUCACAUAAACAUGCCAAAAUGUAUAAACCAUAAUGCAGUUAUUCAUUCUAUGGAAAAAAUCGGUCAGCUCAGCAUAAUAAACAUGUAUUUAAAUUA